GAGCCUGCGCGAAAGGCGACACUUCCUUUUGUGACUGGCGGUGAACGAGCGCGCAGUGCCAUGAAGGCCUCGGGCACGCUUCGGGAGUACAAGGUGGUGGGGCGCUGCUUGCCAACCCCAAAAUGCCACACGCCACCGCUGUACCGGAUGCGAAUCUUUGCACCCAACCAUGUGGUGGCCAAGUCCCGCUUCUGGUACUUUGUGUCACAGCUGAAGAAGAUGAAGAAGUCAUCCGGGGAGAUUGUGUACUGCGGACAGGUGUUUGAGAAGUCACCCCUGCGCGUGAAGAACUUCGGCAUCUGGCUGCGCUAUGACUCCAGAAGUGGCACUCACAACAUGUACCGAGAGUACCGUGACCUGACCACUGCUGGUGCAGUCACACAGUGCUACCGAGACAUGGGUGCCAGACACCGUGCCCGUGCCCACUCCAUCCAGAUCAUGAAGGUGGAAGAGAUUGCAGCUGGCAAGUGCCGCCGGCCAGCUGUCAAGCAGUUCCACGACUCCAAGAUCAAAUUCCCACUGCCCCACCGCGUGUUGCGGCGCCAGCACAAGCCACGCUUCACCACCAAGAGGCCCAACACCUUCUUCUAGACACAGAGACCCACUGAAUAAAAACUUGAGACUGUC